AUGUCUCAAAAUACUGAACUUUUAAAUAGCCUCAAAGAGCAACAACAAUACUAUAAUGAAAGAGCAGACGAAUAUGAUGAAUGGUGGAACUUUUCAGGUAGAUUCGAUCAGGGUGAUUCAAUUAGAAAUGAAGCUUUAUUAAACAGAGAAGGUUUCUUUAAUUACUUUACUCAAAUUACAGAUUCAAAGUAUUAUGAAGACAACCAAAAGAUCAAAGUUUUAGAAUUAGCCCCAGGUACAGGUAACUUUACCAAAUUUUUCUUAAAUGAAAAGUUUGAUUUACAUUGCGAAGAAGGUUCUAUUGAAAUGAUUAACGUAUUAAAGAAAAAGUUUGCAGAUUUAAUUGAAAAGAACAGUUUUUCAAUCUCCCAAACCGAUUUAUUUAGUGAGGAGUUUAAUCCAGCACCAAAUAGUUAUGACAUUGUAUUCAUGGGUUUCUUUGUAUCACAUGUUCCACCAUCACUCUUUGAAUCAUUCUUUGGUAAAUGUAGAGAUGCUUUAAAACCAAACGGUAGAAUUUUCUUCCUCGAUAGCUAUUAUCACACCAAUUACGAGUUCAAGAACCACGAAACCAGAAAAAACAAUAUCAGAUUAGACGAU